UGAUACUUUAUGGGAUCUUGCUAUAGCUGAAGUGGAGAACAGAGAAAACCCUGAAGAUGAUGGCAAGCAUGUGGAAAUUUGGGAAAAAUCAAUAUUAUUUAUGGGAAACAAAAAUGGGGGAAAGACCACUAUUAUACUGAGGUGUCUUGAGAGGGACGAAAUUCCAAAGCCAACAUUAGCCUUGGAAUAUACCUUUGGAAGAAGGGCAAGGAGGCACAAUACACCCAAAGAUAUAGCUCAUUUUUGGGAACUAGGUGGUGGAACCUCAUUACUGGAACUGAUUCGAAUACCGAUCACUAGCAACAACAUAAGGUCAUUUGCUGUAGUUCUUGUAUUGGAUCUGUCCAAACCUAACGAACUCUGGACUACUAUGGAGAAACUUCUGCAGGUCACCAGGAACCACGUGAAAAAAAUUUUAACCAAACUAGAAAAGACAAAUCCUGAAGUAGCUACGGAAAUUAAACAGAGGAUGCGGAACAAUCUGCAGAGGGAUCAUCCAGAUUAUGAGUUAGUUGACCCUUUUCCGAUACCCUUGGUGAUAAUUGGAAGCAAAUAUGAUAUUUUUCAUGAGUUUGACUCUGAAAUGAGGAAAAUAAUAAGCAAGACGCUUCGAUUUGUUUCGCAUUAUUAUGGAGCAUCAUUAAUUUUGUUUUCUGAUUCAUUUAGUUUACCUUUUUUGCUGAAAGCACGUGUUCUUAUUAAUCACUUGGCAUUUGGCUAUGAUAAAAGCAAGUCUGUAUCAGUGGAUCACAGCAAACCUCUAUUUAUACCAGCAGGCCUGGAUUCGCUGAGCCAAAUAGGACCACCGCCUGCCUCUGAUAGUGAUAUUGGAAAGAUGCGUGCAAACACACCAUUGGAACUGUGGAAAAAAGUAUUUGAGAAAACAUUUCCUCCCAAGAGUUUCUGCGAUUUACAAGAUACCAAGGACCCUGCACAGGAUUUACAAUACGCUGAGUAUGAAGUUGAUGUCAUGAGAGCUCAGAAAAACCAGGAACUUGAACAAUACAAAAGAAAUGCCUCUAAAUCCUGGAAAGAAAUGGAUUUUGAACCUGAUUGA